AUGGAGCUGCGCCCGGGCGCCUGGGCGCUGCCGCCGCUGCUGCUGGCGCUGGGCGCCGGGCUGGCCCAGGGCACCCCGCACCUGCGCCACGGCCGCCCGGGCGCCCGCGGCAGGAACUGGUGCGCCUACAUCGUGACGAGGAACGUGACUUGCUCCGUGCUGGACGGGACGGAGAGCUACGUGCAGGCCCAGUACCAGUGCGCCCACAACCAGUUCCCGUGCCAGCCCGUGCCCGUGUACCGAGUGAGCUUCAGGCCUCGACGUACAGUUGCAUACAAAACUGUAACAGAGCUGGAAUGGAGGUGUUGUCCUGGGUACAGAGGUGCAGACUGCAAAGAAGGCCCCGAGCAGCCCAACAGUGCCCGUCAUCCCACAAAACCGGCAAAAGCUGUUGUGAAGAAAGGCUUGGAUGCAGAGCCAACAGAAGUACCAGAACCUCCACCAUAUGAGAAGAAAAUGCAGUUUAUUGAGGAAGAGUUAUUCAGACUUACACGGUCAGUUCUUGACCUUCAGUCCUCCUUGGCAGGUGUGAAUGAAAACCUAAAGCUGACAGUGCAGGAAGAUGCCAGUAAGAUGCUGGUCACUUGGCUGAACAAUCUUUAUGACCGCCCAGGGCCUGAUAGUGCAGUUGGUGGUGAGACAGACACUAUUCGUCUGCCUGGACUUUUCAACGGUAAAGACCAAAAAGACCCUUUUAUUGAUUUUGAAAUGGAAGAUAUCAAGUCGGAGCUAGCUGAGGUCAAAGAAGCUUUGAAGAUCAGGAAUGACCAAUUGGAAGAAUUGAAUGGAAAAGUAAAAGGCUAUGAAGGACAAUUGAAACAACUGCAGGAGGCAGCACAGGGACCUACAAUAACACUGCCUAGUGACAAUAUAUACAAGGACUAUAUAGACUCAAAAUUUGAGUCACUCAGACAGGAAGUACUGGAGGGAUUUGAAAAGAAAAUGGCAGAUCUGAAGAACUCCUGUGAAUACAAACUUCAGGAUAUCCAGCAGCAAUGUGAUGACAAUGAAAAUAACUGUUUAGGAAUAAUUGAUGUUAUAAAAGGAAAGGAAAAUGAUUUGAGGAAAGAAAUAAAUACUCUUCGAACUCAGAUUCCAUCAAACCAGUCCAGCUGUUGCAAAGAGGGUAGUAGAAGUGACUAUGACCAGUGGAUAAGAGAUUUAGACAGGAAGAUCGAUAGAGUUGCGGAAGCACACAGGAUCUUGAAUGUCAGGAUAGAUAAUGAAAUCAGUCGAUUGUCAACUCCAGAUUUAGAAGACAUGUUUGGUGAGAGACUAGAGGAACUAGAUGCCAGGAUGAACAUUACAGAGCGAAAUGCUGAGGAACAUUGCUUUUACAUUGAAGAAACUCUCCGAGGCACUAUAGCUGCUGAAGUAGACGAAUUGAGGGACUUGUUUGACCAGAAGCUACGGGCACUGGAAGACAGACUUGGUGGCACUAUUUUUGAAAUUGCUAAUACCACAGACCCAGAUGGAAUAUAUAUGAGUCCCGGGCCUAUCCUGCCCAGUGACUCUGGAUUUGUGAAUGAACAGUUUACUGCAGAGAUGAAUCUCCUGAGGAACAAAUUACUGUCUCUUGAACACCUUUGUGGGCAGAAAUGCCAGUCUGCACCACGAGGUGCAGAGGAUCUUCAGAAAGAGAUAGCAAACUAUAGCAACAAAUACAACCUCUUGCUUUUGAAAACACAGGACAACUCCGUUCUUCUGCAGUCUUUAAAUGGCUCUUUAAAUGAGAAACUUAACUUAAUUAAGGGUAACCAACGUGACAUCCAGAAAAUGCAGAGAGACUUGCGUGUGUUCCGGUAUAGUCUGAAUGUCAUGGAUAAGGAUAUGAAAAAUCUUCAAGGUGGCUUAAGUGACUGCAAGGAGCAACUUCUGGGUGUCAAUUCCACCUGUAGAAAAACACAACGGGGCGUCUCUCGAAAAAUCGAUCAAAUGCAGAGGACACUUGCAAAUCAAACUGCUCAUGCUAACGAUAAUUGCUGUAUUGAAGUGAAAGACAGACUGGAGCAAUUAAACGACCAGGUCUUGAAUGAUCUUAGCAAGUGUAAGGAGAAGACCCAGGGUAUCCAGGAGGGUGUUUCAGAUGUGGAUAGCAGAGUCUCCCGUGUUGAAAAGGUUUGUGGCAGGCUGGACUCCGUCUCAGGUAGCUUGGAGAGGAUAAAAGAAGGUCUGAAUAAGCACGUGAGCAGCUUAUGGAACUGCAUCCGUGAGAUGAAUGGAACUGUAACAUCCCAUUCCAAAGAUAUUUCUGGCCUCAAAAAUUCUGUCCAGCGAUUUUACAGUCAGGUCUCUAAAAUCACCACAGACAUUGAAGACAUGAUGAAAAAUCAGCCUGGCACAAGGCAAUCAGGAACACCCCGGCAGCUCCUGCCACCGAGACCCCCCGUGCAGCCCCAUCCCGGCAUCUCGCUGCUGCCGUCGCGGCCCAGGACGCAGCCGCCGCGGCAGCGCAUCCCGCUGCAGCCGAGACCUGCCCCGCGGCCCUCGCUGCCGGGCUCGGCCGGGGUGCCGCUGCUGCCGGGCACAACGGGAGUCAUCUUGGAGACCGGCGAGGCGGGGCCUCCCGGCACCGUGGCCAUGUCGGGAAGAGGACGGCUCGGGAGCGUGGAUGGCCAGGCGGGUCACAGCACCAUGCCCUCUGCUGAGGGAUAUGCUGGAGCACCAGGAUAUCCAAAGUUAUCUCCUCCUACCACAGACUCACAAGGACCUGCUGCAGCUGUGCCCUCCCUGGUGUCCUUUUCUGCUGGGCUCACACAGAAGCCUUUCUCCAGUGAUGUUGGUGUGGUUCAUUUUAACAAAGUGCUCGUGAACGACGGCGACUAUUACAAUCCCAACACAGGCAUUUUUACAUCGCCGUACGAAGGGCGCUACCUGAUCACGGCCGUGCUGGCUCCCGAGAGGGACGAGUACGUUGAGGCCGUGCUGUCCGUCUCCAACGCAAGCGUCGCUCAGCUCCACACUGCAGGGUACAGAAGGGAACUGCUGGAGUAUCACAAACCCUACUCGGGCAAACGGACAUGUGGGGGUCCCGGGACGUUCCACCUUGUUCUUCACCUCAAGGCAGGAGAUGAAGUAAACGUUGUUGUGACAGGAGGCAAACUGGCCUACACAGACUCUGAUGAAAUGUACUCCACUUUUAGUGGAGUUCUCCUUUAUCCUUCCAUUUCUCAUGUCUAGGUGUAUCUUCAACAAGAGAGAAGGGUAAGAUAUUCAGAAGAAAUUAAGUGUAAUAAAAUCCAAAGCUUUAAUAUAUUCAGUUUAUAUAUUUGAUUUCAGUGAUGGGUUUAUGGUCUGCACUGAGGCCUUUUCCUCUUCCCAUUUCCAGAAGUAGCAACAAAAGACAUGUUUUUGUAGCUAAACUAACCCCUUCCUCAAGUCACUGGUCAUCCGUGCAGCAGAACAACUAUCAACUAUCCCAGUAAAUUCUUUUCCAGCGUGCUUUGCUAUUCCCUAGCAAACUGGCUUUUGCAGUCUUUUCCCCAGCAUGUCAUUGCCGGUUUCCCUAGUGUACUAAAGUUUACAUUCUCACUGAAGUUUACAACUCCAUCAUCAACUAUUUUCACAUUCUCAAUAAAGCAGGGAUGAGAAAGUAAGCGUUUAUCAGAUGUAGUUGGUGACUUCUGAGUCCUUAUGUCAUUUAGUAGGUUGGGUCAAAUACAUUCACAUAAGCAAUUCACUCAAGACAGCUGCUACCUAUGGCAGGGCAAAGCAAAAUGAUACUCCUCUACAUUUUUCUUUUUCCUCUUAAGGGCCAAAUGCCAUGUUAUGGCAUUUAUGGGGCAAGAUGGGGCCCAUAUGGGGCUCAUUCCAGGCAAUUGAAAGCAGCUGUGCAAGAAAAGAGCUUACCCUGACUCAGGUUUGCCCUGGACAGAUGUGAGUGUAAGGCACAGUUGCUACUACUGAAAGACUGUGAGUGGUUAUUUUCAUUUGAUGGUAUGGUGGAAAGUCAGCCAAAUAUGUUGCCCUUGAUAUUCAGGCUUGGUGUUAAAGAUUAAAUUCAGUUCUAGAACAAGGCAGAUCUGAAAAAUCUGAACUGUCCAUGCUAAUCAAAAAAAGCACCUGCAACUUGAAAUAUAUUUUGUAUUUUUUAAAGCUUUUUUUAAAGAAUCUACAGUUGUUGGUUUUGAAACUUUUACAGUAUAUGCAUUAAAAGGGAAGAUCUAUUGCAUCACCGUAGACAAAGCAGGGGAAAGAUGGGUGAUGUAGGAAAGCAGACGUUUUAGCCAACACUCUCAAAAGCACAGAACACCCGUCUGUGCCACAUCAUUUUUAGCAGCCUCCUGUAUCACUGCUUGUAAGUGACGUUUGUUUAAACAUUCGGUAUCCCCUUACAUGCAUGGAGCAACUUUUGUCUCAAACAGAUGUCUUGAACAGAUAAAUAGCGUCCCACCAAAUGUUUCUCAUUCCACCACUGGUAGCAAAGCCAACAUUUUGGCUCUCUAAAUCUGCUAAUGUUUCUCCCUUUUGUGGCUGAGAAAGGUCCAGCCAUGCUUCACUGAGGACUGUCCCGGUGUCAUCUAUAUAUUCUUGUAUAAAACUGGUGGGUUUUAUAGUCUGUCCAUGCUGCAGAGAGUUGUAUUUAUCUUAGCGGUUUGAAGUCUGUUUUCCUUCUUACAAAUCCAGAACAGAUGGUUUGUAGCCUCAGAACAAGCAAUUCUUUUAGGUGAAGGCAGAACUCCCCAUGCUAUAAGCAGCAGAAUACAUUUAGCUCCAGCCUUUCCCAUCUGAGGAGGUCAAAUAAAUACUAACGCCUUUGUUGCGUAGUUUGGAAUUGAUACUCCCUAAUAACUUAGUUUCCAGGC